AUGGGAGUGGAUCAUCUUGUCAACAAUGCCGGUUUGGCCAACGUGUGCUGGUUCGAGGACGUGCCCAAUGUAGCCGAUCUCAAGCAAGUCUUGGAUGUGAACUUCUGGGGCACCGUGCAUCCAACGCACGCUGCUCUCCCGCACCUGAAGAAUAGCGGCGGGAAGAUCUUCGUCAAUUCUUCGGCAGCGGCGUUGCUGGCAAUGCCAAGAAUGAGCUUCUACGAUGCUAGCAAGGCUGCUGUGCUGAACUUCGCCGAGACACUGCGGAUGGAGCUCGGCAACGAUGUCGGCGUCACGGUGGCGACUCCCGGGUGGAUCGAGUCGGAGAUGACCAAGGGGAAGCACCUCUCCAGCGAAGGGAGGAUGGAGGUCGAUCAAGACACUAGAGAUGCUCAGGUUGGGCUGCUCCCGGUGGUCCGCGCCGAGCGAUGCGCCGAGGCCAUCGUCGACGCCGUCUGCCGCGGCCGGCGCAGCGUCACCGUGCCGGUGUGGUACCGGGCGCUGUUCCUCUGGCGGGCGUUCGCGCCGGAGGUUGGGGACAUGUUCCAGCGCGUGUUCUACCGCCGCCCCGCCGGCGACGGGGGCAGCCAGAUGAGGGCCAGGAGGGUCAUGGAGCUCACCGGCGCCAAGCGCGUGCUGCAGCCGCCGUCGCUGUACACCCCGGAGAUCAAACAGGAGUAGAUGCUAGGUGAUGCUUACAGUGUUUGGUGCUGCUGUAACGGAAACAGAAUAAAAUGGCGAAAAUGUAACUCUAGUGUAAGAAAUGGAGUAAAAUGAUAAAAUGGCGAAAAUGUAACUCUAGUGUAAGAAAUGAAGUAAAAUGCAUGGGUGGUACCGGAACUUGGAGAUCCAAAUCAAUACGGUCACCUACCUACGGGUAAC